AAUUGAAAAAAUUAUUAAAACUAAUAAAAUAUUUAUAAUUGGUAAAAGAUAUAUGAAGUUCAAAAAGUGUUUUACAACCCCUUGUUCAUCGAAAAUAAUGGGUUGUGGCACAGUUGAUGACAUAUCGGACAUAUCUGAAAUAAUAUCUGUAGAUGAUAUUCAUAGUAAAUGUAUAAAACACAAAAAAAAUAUGUUAUCGUUAAUUUGAUUUUGCUAUUUUGCAAUUUUUUUUAUCUCUGCCUUAUAUUCAUUCGCUUGGCAUGUGCUUGUCAUCUUACGGAACUCUACCGUACUUUUUUUCUCAAUAUUAAUUCUUUAAAGUCGAAGCGUUAUAUAAAGCAGGAUUUUUUUGUCCAAUUGUCAAUUUUAAAAUCUUUUAUACCCUAAACUAUUUUCAAAUGCUUAUUCAGUUCACUAAGAAAAUAAUUUUGAAGAAAGAAUUAGCUAAGCAGCAGAAAUUCGUCUUAAUCGAAUUUGUUAUGGAUGGCUUAACUUAUGUAUCUACUGUGCCAAAAAUAUGGUUAGGUGGAAACGAUGAAUGCAAAUGGCCAAAGGAUAAAGGAAGAGAAAAACAAGCAAUAAUUAGAGAAAUGUUACCCGAGUCUGACUGGUACACGUUAACAAAAGUAAAAAUUUUAGGAGAGUAUUGUACUUAUAAGGAAGCUGUAUACUAUGAGAAGAAAAAAGAAAAUGACUAUUCAAGUAGUAGUGAUGUUGAGAAGGGAAAGGGUAAACGGAAGAAAAAAGUCAAUCAGAAAUACUUAGAUAGAGACACUUCAGUUACACCUCCUCCUCUUUUGACUGGUGGAUCAGACAGUGAGUCUCCACUAGAAAAAAGUUAUGAUAAAAAUAGUUCAUCUGACGAAGCAAAUGAAACUAUUGUCCCCAUGGCAGUGAAUACAAAAUGUAUUGAACAUGUAGUUCCUGUAACUGCAAUAGUUACAAAUACUGAAUCUUCUACACCAAAUUCUCUUAUUGAACAUGCCGAAGUUAUUUUUGAGGAUAAUUAUAGACAAGCCAAUGAUGAUAAAAUUUUAAACAUGCUUGUUAAUAUGCAAGCAACUCUGGAAAUAUUAAAGGCAACAAUUUUUUCAAUUGAUGAAAAAUUAGGAGCAAUAGCUAUUGCCGAGGAAAUAAACAAUGAGUUGUUACCAAAGAUGCCACUAAAUAAUAUAGGUGAAAUCCAAGAAUUGGAAAAUAAUUUGGAAAUACCAGAAUGCAAGAAAGCAUUGGCACGAUUUUCCAGUAUUUAAAAUGCACGGGUGGAAUUUCUGAAAGAAACUACAUUUUUAGAAAUUUAGAGAAAAUAUUCACAAAUUUCGUAGCACAAUUCUGUUCGUGGACAGGACAAAAACAGAACUUCAAAUUGAGCGGUCUAAAGAUUAUGGAGGUUGUAAAAUCUGCAGUAAGAGUGUCCUUCCCUUUAAUGACGGACGAGAAUUAUGAAAAAGCAGUGAUGCAAUGGUUCCAGCAUGGAAAGACGAGAUAUUUAAGGCAUCAAUAGAAAUACAGUGUCCAAGAACAGACUACACUAAAAAUGAGUUGGUUAGGUGCAGUACAGGGUGCUUUAUAAGCGAAGUCGUAAGUUACCACUAAUUGAAGUUUAUUUUUUAAUAUAGAAUAUUUUGUAUGCAGGUUUUAUACAUUUUCAUAUUGAAUUUCAAUAAUAUAAAAAUAUUUUAUACCAUUAAAAUUUAAUAUUUUAUCUCAAACCAUUCAGUGAAAAGUGUAUAGAAGUUAUUUUUGCAUAUAUGAAUUCAAAGAACUCAUAACUAGGAAAAAAAAUUAUAUACAGUUUUCAGUGAAUCAUUCAAAAUAUAAUGUAUGGUGGCAUACAAUUGCUUUUAAAAAUUAUUACUGGUGAUUUUUACAACUUUGCUUAUAAAACAAUCUGUAGAACACCAAAUCAACUAAUUUUUAGUAUACUAGUUUUACAGCAAACGGAACACAUUCCCUACUAACAAUUCCAAAAUUUGAAAAAUGUGUUCGUUACACUCUUGUAUAUAACAUGUAAUAAAAAAUAUCUA